AGUCUCAAACCUCUCGUUGAGAGACGUCGGAGAGAGAGAAUGAACCGCAGUCUGGAAAGUCUGAGGACUCUGCUACAGCCACAGGAAGCGAAUCAGCGCAGAGUGGAGAAAGCUGAGAUGCUCGAGCACACAGUCCUCUUCCUAAAGAACACUGCCAAAGAAGAAAACAUGAGAGCAGGGGGUGGUGGAGGCCAGACCCACUCCUUCCAGGAAGGCAUCUCCACCUGCCUGCAGAGAGCAGCUCACUUCCUGGGACCUGCAGGGAAAGGCCUGUGGCUUGGAUCAGCACUGGAUGCAUCUUUUGCCGCUCGCCUUUCCUGUUCAGACUCUGAUCCUGCAGGUGUUCGAAUGAGAACUGAAGCUGGUUCCUCCAGCUCUCUGCCACACACAAAGUCCAUUCUGCGGCUGCUGAGGCAGAAGUCCAAGCACAGUUUUGCUCAUCCGUACCAACUUCCAGCCCAGCAGGAGUUUCCCAGAAUUCCCCAACAGGUUAAGAGACAAAAUCAGCUUGAGAUCAGGGUGGAGACGCGGCCGAGCAAACAGAGCCCGUCCCAGAACUUGUUGGUCAGCCAGACUUUGUGGAGGCCCUGGCCUUGA